AUCCUUAGUCUCCUGUUUCCUGUUUCCUUCUGUCUUUAGCUAUGGGUAGUUGAGCUGUUCGCAGUAUAGUAGUGCAUUCUGUGCAAAACAAAAUUUCAGAGGAGAUACAAUGAUGUCCAGAGUACAUUCAGCUUUGUAUUCUCUUCUCUCUCUGGUGCUUUGCACAGCCAGUCUAGAUCUCAGCCAGGUCCAAGUUUAUCCAGAAAAAGGCGGAAUCUCUGAAGUAUUUAUAGCCCAGCUCAAGAACCAACCAUACAGCUUUAAUGCCACUACAGCUAUAGAUGUAUGUACAAGUCUAGGUGUUAGUAUAGCCACCCGUGCUCAAGUGGAAACUGCGCAGAGCAAUGGCUUACAGACCUGCAGAUAUGGUUGGGUUAUGGAGAAAAUUGCUGUUAUUCCUCGGACUGAGAAAAAUCCAAACUGUGGCAAAAAUAAAGUUGGAAUCAUUGUUUGGGCUACUCCUCCUAGCCGAUUAUUUGAUGUGUUUUGCUCCAGUUCAACAGGUCAAACCAAAGCAACAACAUCCACCACCCCAAAUAUGACGACAGUGUCUGAUGGGAGGACUGAUGCUAAAACAACCUCCCCAUCGUUCUUUCUGUCAGCUCGGCUUAACGAAAGUUUCCUUGGUUCCUCGCCAUCUCUACAACCCAUUUCUACUGGUUUCAGCACCUCUGUGAUACCUACAAUAUUUUCUUCCACUGUUGCCCCUAUGACCACAAAGAGCUCUCAAACAACCCCACCUUCUACUUCCCUACCGAGUGCUGGAUACCAGCCCUCCAUUUCCUCCUCAUUUUCUACUUCUUUCUCUUCUACAGAUCUUUCCUCACAUCCAUUCACUAACCUUUCUUCUGCAACCAUUUCGUCUAAUGAAACAGAUAAGCAGCCCCCUUCUGGAAAAGGAUUUUCCUUUGGAGCAGUGCCCAUGGCAUGUGUCAUCCUCGUUGCGAUGCUCCUGAUGAUGGCAGGAACAGGAACAGUUUGGUAUUUCAAGAAUAAACGGCCACACCGUCUUUCUUCAUGGCAAAGGAUUUGCCACAAAGAUAUGUUCGAGACUGAGAUGUGGAAACACACAGAGCAGCAACAUUUCAACAUGCAGAAUGACAACGAGAACUGUGGUGAUGAUAUAACUCUCCAGAUGGAAGAUGACACAAUAUCGUCCUAAGAACAGCUCUUCUAGGGAUGGGAUGGGAAAGGGAAGGAAUGCUGUAGUGCUCUGAAUGACUCCAAAGAUUGUAAAUAUCACAUAUACUAGGUUUAGACUGAAAGUAGCAGGGUGAAUUUUGCUUUCUGUCUUCUAUUACUGUGUCAUAAAUACAUGUGUUUGAAAGAAAUGAUCUUUUAUUUGAUGUAAUCUAUGCAGAUUUAUUGUAAAAUGCUUGUGGUUCUAAAUGGUUUUUGUGUCUCUUCAUGUUUUUUUCUCCACCACUUCAGCUUUCACACUGUGUAACAAUACCAACUGUAACAGCUCAUUCAUCAUAAACAAUUUUAAAGAAAUAAAAAACUUUUUUCCUAA